AUGACCGCCACCAUCCUACCGGAGGGCGUCGGUUACGGCAUCGUGAUCGGGGUCGGAUGUUUCUUCACGGUGUUCAUGCUGGGCAUCACCUGGCUACAGGCGCGAUAUACGGACUACUCGCCCAACCACGCUGUCGAAUUCAACAGCGCAUCGCGCUCCGUGAAGCCUGGGCUGAUCGCGGCUGGGGUGGUGUCGGCGUGGACAUGGGCGGCGACCCUACUGCAGAGCUCGACCAUUGCGUACAAGUACGGCAUCAGCGGGCCGUACUGGUAUGCAGCGGGCGCGACGGUGCAGGUGCUGGUGAUGGCGCAGAACUCGGCCAAGCUCAAGAUCAACGCGCCCACGGCCAACACGUUUCUCCAGCCGGUCAAAUUGCGCUGGGGCACGCUGAUGCACCUGAGCUGCAUGUUCUUCGGCUUCGUGACCAACUUCCUGGUCUCGUCCAUGCUGAUCGUCGGGUCCAGCGACACCGUGCACGCCCUGACUGGCAUGUCGGUCGAGGCGGCUUGCUUCCUCAUCCCGGCCACUGUUGUUGGCUACGUGGUGGUUGGUGGCAUGCGGGCCACGCUGCUGUGCGACUUCACGCACACAUCGGUCCUGUUCGUGGUCAUUCUGUUCUUCAUGUUCACCGUCUACGCGGCCAGCGACAAGAUUGGCUCCCCGGCCCGCAUGUGGGAGCUGCUGCAGGAAGCGGCGGCACGAAACCCGGUGCCAAACAACGCGGGUGGGUCGUACGUGACUUUCCGCAGCAAAGGGGCCAUCAUCUUCGGCGUCAUCAAUAUCACGGGCAACUUUGCCACCGUCUUCCUCGACCAGGCCUACUGGCAGCGUGCCAUCGCCUCCGAGACCCGCAGCUCCGUCAAGGCCUUUAUCGCCGGCGGCUUACUCUGGUUCGCAAUCCCCAUGGGCUUUGCCUCUUGCAUGGGGCUGACCAGCGUCGCCCUGUCCAGUCACCCCGACUAUCCCGGCUACCCGAAUCUCCUUACCCCCGAUCAGGUCAGCGCGGGGCUGGCAGCCCCUUACGGCGUGACCGCGCUGCUGGGCACCUCCGGCGCCACGCUGAUGCUAGUGCUGCUCUUCCUGGCCGUCACCUCGGCCUCGUCGGCGGAGCUGAUCGCGGUCUCCAGCAUCUUCACCUACGACAUCUACGCGACAUACAUCAAUCCCGGGGCCUCGGAGAAGCAGUUGAUGCGCGUCUCCCACCUAGGCGUCUGCCUGUGGGGUCUGUGUAUGGCCGUCUUCGGCAUCAUGUUCUACAAGAUCGGCAUCUCGCUGGGCUGGCUGUUCGAGUUUGUCGGCUGUGUUCUAGGUUCGGCCGCUCCAAUCGUUUGCAUGGCCAUGCGCAGCCGCUCCGCCAGCAAAUGGUGGUGCUUCGCCGCCAUCUGGAUCGGUGUCAUCUCAGCCAUGGCCUCGUGGCUUGCCGUCGCCGGUGGCUUGAACGGCGGUGUCAUCUCCGUCGAGACCACGGGUCAGGACUACCCCAUGCUGGCUGGCAGUUGCGUCGGCGGUGCCGUGAGCUUCAUUAUCGCCUUGGUCGGCAUGAGGGUCCAUCCCGAGAACUACGACUUCUCCGCUAUGAAGGCCAUCGGACAGUCCCAGGCCCUGCUGCAGGGUCGGGAUGUCCAGGAGUCAAGCACAGGUACACUCUCACAGGGCAUGGGGGACGCAGGCAACGGGGACGAUGAAAUCAGCUCCUUCAAAAAGGAGUCGGUAACGGCAACCGCUACUACUGCUCCUGCUGCUGCUGCCACCGCCACCGACGAGGAAAAGACGCUCGCUACCAACGUCAACGAGGUGUCUCAGCCCGUUUCUGGCACAGGCUCCAUGAUGGAUGACUGCUCCACGUCCCGUUACGACGACGCCGAGUUGGCGUUCCUGCAGAGGUCCUUUGUCCGCUCCGUCUGGGUCUCGCUCGUGCUGUGCACCAUCAUGGUCAUCAUCGUGCCGUUCCCCAUCUUUUUCACGUCUGUAAUCUACGGCAAGGGCGGCUUCACCACCUGGAUCAGUCUGGUCAUCGCAUGGUUGCUGGUCGCCGCGUGCGGCUGCAUCCUCUACCCUAUCUGGGAAUCUCGGGCAGCCCUAAUGCACAUCGUCUCAAGCAUUCUCAACGACUUGAGAGGUAAAGGCCGUGUCUAG